CAGCUUUUAGGUUCACCAAUUAUCUUUCAAAGAGAGAAAGAGAGAGAGGAAAAUGGGUGUUUUUCUUCCUUCAUCACCAGCAUUUCCAGGAGUCUUUCUAUUCUUGUUCAUUACACUGUGUCUCAUCCCUGAGCUUGCACUUGCAAGCAUAACCAGGCACUACAAGUUUGACAUUGUAUUGCAAAAUGUGACGCGACUGUGCCACAGAAAGAGCAUUGUGACAGUAAACGGACAGUUUCCUGGGCCUCGCAUUGUAGCUAGGGAGGGAGACCGCCUUCUUAUCAAGGUGGUCAACCAUGUCCACAACAAUAUCUCCAUCCAUUGGCAUGGCAUUCGACAGCUUCAAACUGGGUGGGCUGAUGGGCCAGCAUAUGUAACACAAUGUCCCAUACAAACUGGCCAGAGCUAUGUGUACAACUUCACCAUUGCAGGCCAAAGAGGCACUCUUUGGUGGCAUGCACACAUAUCUUGGCUAAGAUCAACCGUGUAUGGUCCUCUUAUCAUUCUUCCCAAGCGUGGUGUUCCUUACCCAUUUUCCAAACCCUACAAGGAAGUUCCCCUCAUCUUCGGAGAGUGGUGGAAUGUAGAAACUGAGGCUGUAAUUAGCCAAGCCCUACAAACAGGAGGUGGCCCAAAUGUCUCUGAUGCUUAUACAAUCAAUGGACUUCCAGGGCCACUGUAUAACUGUUCUGUUAAAGACACAUUCAAGCUGAAAGUGAAGGCUGGGAAGACUUAUCUUCUACGUCUAAUCAAUGCUGCACUCAAUGACGAGCUUUUCUUCAGCAUUGCAAACCACAGCCUCACAGUUGUUGAAGUCGAUGCAGUUUAUGUCAAACCUUUUGAGACCAACACACUUGUCAUAGCCCCAGGACAGACAACAAAUGUUGUUCUAAACACCAAAGCCAAAUUCCCAAACGCCACAUUCUUCAUGGCCGCUAGACCAUAUGUGACUGGCCUAGGCACUUUCGACAACUCCACUGUUGCAGGAAUCCUAGAAUAUGAAUCUGAUGAAUUUCCACACAAAACCCUUUCCAUUAGAAAGCUUCCACUCUUCAAACCCCUUCUUCCUCCUCUCAAUGACACUUCCUCUGCAACAAAUUUCACAAGCAAACUCCGUAGCUUAGCAAGUGCUCAAUUCCCAGCAAAUGUCCCUCAAAAAGUCGACAAACGCUUCUUCUUCACAGUAGGCCUUGGAACAAUCCCCUGCCAACACAACAACCAAACAUGCCAAGGGCCAAAUGGAACAAUGUUCUCAGCUUCUGUUAAUAACAUAUCUUUUGCACUCCCAUCCACAGCCCUCCUCCAAGCCCACUUCUUUGGGCAAUCCAAAGGAGUUUAUUCUCCUGACUUUCCAACCAGUCCCAUAUUUCCCUUUAACUAUACGGGCACCCCACCAAACAACACAAUGGUGAGCAAUGGGACAAAGCUAGUUGUCCUGCCUUUUAACACUAGCGUGGAGCUUGUGAUUCAGGACACAAGCAUUCUUGGCGCUGAGAGCCACCCUCUCCACCUGCAUGGCUUUAAUUUCUUUGUGGUCGGGCAAGGUUUUGGGAACUUUGAUCCCAAUAACGACCCUGCAAAGUUCAAUCUUGUUGACCCUGUUGAAAGAAACACCGUGGGUAUUCCUUCCGGGGGUUGGGUGGCUAUUCGGUUUCUAGCAGAUAACCCAGGGGUUUGGUUCAUGCAUUGCCACCUGGAGGUCCACACCAGCUGGGGUUUGAGGAUGGCUUGGGUUGUCCUAGAUGGAAAGCUACCGAAUCAGAAGCUGCUUCCUCCACCGGCAGAUCUUCCCAAGUGUUGAUCUUUUGACUCACUAAUUGUUUCACUCCAUCCAGAAACUGUGCCAACGUUUUUGACCCAUUCUUUGGCAUUUGACAUGGGUUGAUUAUAUUGUAUUCAAUAAUUGCUUGAUUUGAGCUAGGGAAAGAUAAAAGAGUGGACAAUUUUUGUAACAUUCAGAUUUCUAAUGUCGAUCCAGAAGACCUUAAUCAAUAAUAUUUUCUCUCCAAUUUCAAUUUU